AUGUUCCUUGAGUCAUGCAGUAUAACAUGUAAAGAGAAUGAUGAUAGCGGAAUCUCAAUGCCCCGAGAACAGCGAGUGUUGGGAUACCCUGGCAAGCGUGGCCCAGUAGGACUACCAGGGCCUCCUGGUCCAGCCGGAAUAAAAGGUGCUGUCGGACCACCCGGAGCAAACUGUGAUUGCAAGAGUCAGGGAACUGAUAUUGAGGCUCGUUUGUCUGCAUUAGAGAAAGCAAUAAAAGAAAUUAGAGGUGAGACAGUUUCCCCUGAAGUUAAUGAACUACAGAGCACAGGAUGGUAUAAGGCGUCGAAUGGUCUCUGGUACAAAGUACAUUAUGAUAAAAUGAAAUAUGCAGAAGCGAAAACAGCAUGUAAAGAAGAAGGUGCAAGAUUGGCGUCUACCGGAUUGAGGGAUCCCACCGUCCAUGGUGAAAUCUUAUCUUUGUUUAACCUUACCGAUGGAGACUACAUAUUCAUCGGACUCGAUGAUAUAAAAACUCAAAAUGUGUGGAUCUGGAGCGAUGGAGUAAAAUCUACUCGCAGCAACACACCUUGGAAAAAAGGUCAACCGAAUAAAGCAAAUCAACGCUGCGCAGACAUAAAUAAAGAUGGAAAAAUAUUUGAUGAUAAAUGCAAGAAAGAAACCUAUUUUCUGUGCGAGAAAGAACUUUAA